GGACCUGCGCGGGCCGCCCGCCUGCCCCUCUCCCAAGUUACUUCUGUGCCGCCGCAGCCCGCUCGGCGCGGCGUCUCGGCGGCCUGAGCCCUAGUGCCUCGUCCCCUGCGCUCCGCGGCCGCCGCAGGGAAGCGCUCCGCGGAUGCUGCCGCGUGCGGCUGCCCGCGCAGCCGCCGCCGCCCGCCGCGCAACAAAGGGGACCCUCGGCAGCAACUCCCACCCCGGCGGGAGGAGCGUCUGUGGUCCCGGGAGAGCCACAGCAGCAGCAAGAGCAACAGCCCCGUCCGGAGGUUUCUGCUUUUGUCUGCCCCGGCAAGGUGUGCGGUGCCCAGCGCCCGCCCCGGCUCCCCCGCUCCCGCCCGGCUUUGGGGGAUCGCUGGAGACGCUCGUGUUUCUCCACAAACUGUGUUGACAAGCGACUGUUGAAAAGGGCUGGGAAAAUUACAUCUCAUCUCUGGUGGGGUGAAAUAUGAAACAUGUAAUCUAACGGUUCCUGAAGGAGGGGGGAGAGGGACUUCUCUCCCUCUUUCGCUGUUUUCCUGCUCCGGGUUCCUGGUUGGAUAAUUUGGGUUAAUACUAGUGAGUGAGCCUUUUGCUGCUUCAAAGGGUAUUUCAAGUUGCCGGAGCUCCUCCCCUCCGCACCGUGUGACAACAACAACUCGUCCAGCGAGCGAGCGGCGGCGGCGGCGGCAGCAGCCAGCACUUCCCCGCUCAUUUUCUCUCUGUCAUUCCCCUCUCAAUCUUUGAUCAAUGUACUUGCCAGAGAGAACCGAAGUCCUUCAAACCUCCUCCUUUUCACCUUCGUCUUUAACGUGGUGCUAGAGCAAGGACCACAAAAAGAAACUGCCCUCCCCCUCCCCUCGGCCCCAGCCCCGCCGCCCGGAGCGGACUUCUCCUCCUCCUCCUCCUCCUCCGUCCCCACUUGCGGGACACUUUGUGCGUUCUCUCUCUCACUCUGCCCCCUGCUCUCUCGCUCGCCGCAGCACCUGAUCUGGGGUUAUCCCCCCCUUCUUCUCCCCCCUCCUCCCUUCUCUCCUUUCCUCUUUUUUUUUUUUUUUUAAAUAAUUUUUUUAAUUUUUCCCCUUUCCCCUGCGUGUGUGUGUGGGAACUUUCCCCCCUCCCCCUGCCCCCUCCGCCGUAUAUGUGACCAUGGCCGUACCGGCUGCUUUGAUCCCUCCGACCCAGCUGGUCCCCCCUCAGCCUCCGGUCUCAACUUCUGCCGCCUGCACCACCACCACCACCACCUCGUCGUCGGCCACCUCGUCGUCGGCCACCUCCUCUCCGUCUCCGUCCAUCGCUCCCCCGCCGGCCGCUUCGGGGACAAACCUAUUCCGGCCGGAGCCCAUCGCAGCGGCGGCGGCGGCGGCCACAGUCACCUCCACCACCACCGGCGGCGGCGGUAACGGCAGCGGCGGCGGCAGCCCCAGCCUGGGCACCGGCGGCGGCGGCGGCAGCAGCAGCAGCGGCGGCGGCAGCGGCGGCACCUCCACUCCCAAUGCCAGCGCGGCCAGCGCGGCCGGCAGCCUGCCCGGCAAGCCCGUGUACUCGACCCCGUCCCCGGUGGAGAACACCCCCCAGAAUAACGAGUGCAAGAUGGUGGAUCUGAGGGGGGCCAAAGUGGCCUCCUUCACCGUGGAAGGCUGCGAACUCAUCUGCCUGCCCCAGGCUUUCGACCUCUUCCUGAAGCACUUGGUGGGGGGCUUGCACACGGUCUACACCAAGCUGAAGCGGCUCGAGAUCACGCCCGUGGUCUGCAACGUGGAGCAGGUCCGCAUCCUGAGGGGGCUGGGGGCCAUCCAGCCCGGGGUCAACCGCUGCAAACUCAUCUCCAGGAAGGAUUUCGAGACCCUGUACAAUGACUGCACCAACGCCAGUUCUAGACCUGGAAGGCCUCCUAAGAGGACUCAAAGUGUCACCUCCCCAGAGAAUUCUCAUAUCAUGCCACAUUCUGUCCCAGGCCUAAUGUCUCCUGGAAUCAUCCCGCCAACAGGUCUAACAGCAGCAGCUGCAGCAGCAGCAGCUGCCACCAAUGCAGCCAUAGCAGAAGCAAUGAAAGUGAAAAAAAUAAAAUUGGAAGCUAUGUCCAACUAUCAUGCAAAUAAUAACCAGCAUGGAGCAGACUCUGAAAAUGGAGAUCUGAAUUCAAGUGUUGGCAGCAGUGAUGGUUCUUGGGAUAAAGAAAAACUUCAGUCUCCCCCCACCCAAGGAUCACAGGCCUCUGUUAACCACCCCAACUUGCCUGGACAGCAUAAUGUUCCAGUUAGCCAUCCUCUCAACCCUCUUCAACAGAACCACCUUCUGCCAAAUGGGUUGGAACUUCCUUUUAUGAUGAUGCCCCACCCGCUGAUUCCCGUGAGCCUACCUCCAGCCUCUGUCACGAUGGCAAUGAGCCAGAUGAACCACCUCAGCACCAUCGCCAACAUGGCAGCAGCAGCACAAGUGCAGAGCCCUCCCUCCAGGGUGGAGACAUCUGUUAUUAAGGAACGUGUUCCAGACAGCCCUUCUCCUGCUCCUUCUCUUGAAGAGGGCCGAAGACCUGGCAGCCAUCCAUCCUCUCAUCGAAGCAGCAGCGUGUCCAGUUCUCCUGCGCGGACCGAGAGCUCUUCAGACAGAAUCCCUGUCCAUCAGAACGGGCUCUCUAUGAACCAAAUGCUGAUGGGUUUGUCACCUAAUGUCCUGCCUGGACCUAAGGAGGGUGAUCUGGCUGGUCAUGAUGUGGGACAUGAGACAAAAAGAAUACACAUUGAGAAAGAUGAGACCCCGCUCUCCACACCAACCGCAAGAGACAGCCUUGACAAACUUUCUCUAACUGGGCAUGGGCAACCACUACCUCCGGGUUUUCCAUCUCCUUUUCUAUUCCCUGAUGGAUUGUCCUCCAUAGAGACCCUUCUGACUAACAUCCAGGGUCUACUAAAGGUUGCUAUAGAUAAUGCCAGAGCUCAAGAGAAACAAGUCCAACUGGAAAAAACAGAGCUGAAGAUGGAACUCUUCAGGGAACGAGAACUGAGGGAAACACUUGAAAAACAGUUGGCUGUGGAGCAGAAGAACAGAGCAAUAAUUCAGAAAAGGCUAAAGAAGGAAAAGAAGGCAAAGAGGAAAUUGCAGGAAGCACUUGAAUUUGAGACUAAACGACGAGAGCAAGCAGAGCAAACACUGAAACAGGCAGCUUCAACAGAUAGUCUCAGGGUCCUAAAUGACUCUCUGACCCCAGAGAUAGAAGCUGACCGCAGCGGGGGCAGAACAGAUGCUGAAAGGACAAUACAAGAUGGAAGACUUUAUUUGAAAACUACUGUCAUGUAUUGAAUUUUUCCUGCUGAAAAUAACGUGUGCUACGGUAAAGAACGUUGCAGUAAGACAUUGGCUCAUAAGGAGUUCUGUGGAAACAAAAUGUUUUCAGACCAACUUCCUCAACUUCAUUUAUCAAUGUUCUUCAAAAACGUAAAGAAUUCUACAAGAGUGUCCUCCUUUGGUUAUCUCCUGUGGCUCAACCUGGAGAUCUAGAGAAUAUUUGUAAAUGUACAGUAGCACUGUUCUCACAGCUAAAAUCUGCAUCUCUGCGCUGGACUAUUGUAUCCAAAAUUACAGGCAGUCAGAACAAGGCUGAGUAUUCCCUUUUUCAAGGAAUGCAGACUUUCUCCUCCUCUGAUGAUUCUAUAUUUGAGCACAUCCAAUGAUCCUUCCAGCGGUGUCCAAGUACACUUACAGACUGUUAUACCAUACCGAAACCAGCAAGACAGCUCAGAAAUGAACUUGUAGAGGGCAUAAAAGGAUUCUUAUUUAAAAAAAAAAGGAAAAAAAA